AAUCUCCGCGAUGAUUUUAACAUAUUCCUACAGGAGAGAAACUCCAAAUACUACAACUACACACUGUCUGUGAAUGGCAGGGCGCAGCGGCAUGGACAGAACUACAGCGAGGAUUACCUUACAGAUGUUCUGGCCAAUAUUUCCAUUGACUUCCUGGAAAACAAGUCUAACCGCAGGCCUUUCUUCAUGAUGGUGUCCACACCGGCCCCGCACUCACCCUGGACAGCCGCUCCUCAGUACGAGAGCAGUUUUCCCAAUGUUAAAGCACCAAGAGACCCUAACUUUAACAUACACGGCAAGGACAAGCACUGGCUCAUCAGACAAGCAAAAACACCCAUGACAAACUCUUCAGUGGAGUUCUUGGAUAACGCCUAUAGAAAACGGUGGCGCACUUUACUAUCAGUAGACGACCUGGUGGAGAAGGUGGUGAGAAAGAUUUAUUUACUUAUAGCAAAUGUGGAUUUGGGUCCAACAAUUCUGGACAUCGCAGGAUAUAACGUCAAUGAAACUCAGAUGGACGGGAUGUCAUUUCUUCCUAUCAUGACUGGAAAAGGGAACAGCAGCACGUGGAGAUCUGAUGGACUGGUGGAAUAUGAGGGAGAGGGAAGCAGCAUCUCAGACCCAGCCUGUCCUCUGCUGGGCCCCGGGGUCUCGGAGUGUUUUCCUGACUGUGUGUGUGAAGACUCGUACAAUAACACGUACGCCUGCGUUCGCACAGUAUCACAGGCCGCCAACUUACAGUACUGUGAAUUUGAUGAUAACGAGGUGUUUGUGGAGGUCUAUAACCUGACAGCAGACCCGUUUCAGCUGAGUAACAUCGCCAAGAGCAUCGAUCAGGAAGUCCUGGAGAAGAUGAACCACCGGCUAAUGAUGCUGCAGUCCUGCUCGGGACAGUCCUGCAGAACACCAGGCGUCUACGACUCACAGUUUAGGUUUGAUCCUCGGUUGAUGUUCAGCAGCCUCGUGCCUCACAGAAACAAACGACGACAGACGCUGAAGUAGAGCGUGGAGAGGUUUACAGGAAGAAGACUAAUGGAGGGAAAGAAUAAAGGGCAUUGAAAAACAAGCCCUAUUGUUGCCUUUAUAUCCUGACGUUCCCCCAAAGACGCCUAGUCUCUCCUCCUCUGAUGAGGUCAUCAGGGUGCACCCAGGGUACCAAACACACCACAGACUCUCACAGACAGGACGGCCUUCAUCCCCUCCAGCCCUCAUUCACAUCUGUGAGAGCAUUCACAUCAUAUUCCUCUUUAUUCUCAAUGAAUGUUCAGUUUGCUGCUUUAACAAUAACACAGAAUAUUGUCUUUAUUUUAAGUUUACUGAUUUAGUUUUUCUUUUGCUUUAACACACGCACAGUUUUGAACUUAAGCUCGAAUUUUGUAAUGCACUCAAAUUGUUGGAUUACUUGUUUGUUUUGCCAGAUGUGUCUGAAACAUUUCGCUCCACAUAUUCAGUUAUACAAUAUUUACAACUGCACUAAGCCUGCCUUUUAUGAUAAGCAUUUAUAAUGGAAGCUUGUUUUUGGCUACGGGAUAAAAAAUAAUAAAGGUAAUUGCAACUUUUUAGCUCACAAUUUGGAGCUA